AUGACGACCUUGCCGGGAAUCGUAUAUAACCAACUAUUUGUGUCUCUCCUCUCUCCAAAUUUUGACUUCACGGGCAAGACAUUCAUCGUUACAGGGUCUAACACCGGACUUGGAUUUGAAGCAGCGCGACACCUCGUCCGGCUCAGAGCGGAACGGGUGAUACUAGCUGUCAGAAGCGUCGAGAAGGGCGAACAAGCCAAGCAGCGCAUCGAACAGUCCACCGACGGCGGCUCUAUCCUCCAGGUAUGGGAGCUGGAUCUCUCGAGCUAUGAGUCGGUCAAGGUGUUUGCUGUAAGGUGCGAUAAAGAAGUGGGACGGCUUGAUUGUGUCAUUGAGAAUGCUGCGAUUGGAUCUCACUCCUACACUGCAAUGGAAGACAACGAGUCCGUGUUGACUGUCAACGUGGUGAGCACCUUUUUGUUGGGCAUCUUGCUUCUACCUGUCCUUCGCAGAACCGCAGCCUCAACCAACACCCAGACGCACCUGUCCUUCAUCGUUUCGGACGUGCAUGGGAUGGUGAGCCUCUCCGAAAGACAUCAGCCAAAUAUCUUCUCUGCACUGAAUGCGGACAAGUCUCCAACGGGGAUGAGGCGCCGGUACGGAGUGACGAAGCUGUUGGGGGUUCUUUUGACACGUGAACUCGCAACGAGGAUGGGGAAACCGGACGUUCAGGGUGUGAUAGUCAAUUGUGUGAACCCCGGCUUCUGUGUCUCCGACCUUUCACGCCAUGCACCGACGUGGAUACGUCCUCUCAUCGGCCUCUUGCACUUGGUACUGGCGAGAAGUACAGAGGUGGGGAGUCGCACGCACAUCUUUGGUGCGGCUGGGUCCGAAGCGACGCAUGGUCAGUACAUGAGCAAUUGCCGAAUUGAGCGUCCGUCAAGAUUUGUCCUCAGCGACGAAGGUGCGAAGACGCAAUCUCGGGUGUACGACGAACUGCUCGAGAAGCUCGAGGCAAUUCAGCCUGGCAUAUCUCAGGUCGUCACUGGGUGA